GCCCCCCCAAAAAAAAAAAAAAACCCAACCUCUCCAUUGCCUCUUCACCUGCGCCAUUGAUGAACCCCUCCGCCGCUUCCUCCUCCUCCUCCUCCGCCCCCUCUUGGUUCUCCGGCAUCGUCCGCUCCCGCUCCGCCAAAUCCUCUGCCGCCUCCUCCUCCUUCUCCGGCUCCGGCGGCGGUGGAAGCGGCGGCGGCGGCGGCGGCGGAGGAGGAGGAGGAGGAGGAGGCGGCGCCGCCUCCUUCGUCGACAUGUCCGGCUCCGGUAGCCGCAAGAAGCAGCUCCGGGGGACACUCUUCAAGUACGGGCCGAAACCUAUUCAGGUGGCAUUUAAAACUGGUGACUUCAAUCAACAAGUUAUCUUCAUUGGUGGUUUGACUGAUGGAUUUCUAGCGACUGAGUAUUUGGAACCUUUAUCGUUAGCUUUGGAGAAUGAAAAAUGGUCCCUGGUGCAACCCUUGCUGUCUUCAUCUUAUAUUGGAUAUGGCACCUCCAGCUUAGAGCAAGAUGCAGUGGAGCUAGAUCAGCUAAUUGGAUAUUUGAUAAACAAGGAGAACUCUGAAGGUGUUGUGCUACUUGGUCACAGUACUGGUUGCCAGGAUAUUGUUCACUACAUGCGUACAAAUUUUUCAUGUUCCAGAGCAGUUCGUGGAGUCAUUUUGCAGGCCCCAGUCAGUGAUCGGGAAUAUAGAGCAACUCUUCCAGAAACUGCUGCAAUGAUUGACUUAUCUGCAAAAAUGAUUAGUGAAGGUAGGGCAAUGGAUUUAAUGCCAAGGGAAGCAGAUCCAGGUGCUCCGAUUACUGCCUACAGGUACCACUCUCUUUCCGCAUACAUGGGGGAUGAUGAUAUGUUCAGUUCAGAUCUUAGUGAGGACCAAUUGAGACAGAGACUUGGUCAUAUGUCGAGUACGCCUUGCCAGGUUAUUUUCUCCAUGGCAGAUGAGUAUGUCCCGGAGUAUGUCGAUAAAAAAGCACUAGUAGAAAGACUAUGCCAAGCAAUGGGAGGCGCGGAGAAAGUCGAAAUAGAAUGGGGGAACCAUUCUCUCUCCAAUAGGGUUCAAGAAACAGUUCUGGCCAUCUUGGACUUUGUUAAGAGGGAGGGGCCAAAAGGAUGGGAUGAUCCGUGGCAUUAGAAACACAUUUCAGCCCUGUUUGGAUCCAUAGUUUGGUAAAUUUCUUUAGAUUUGUAGAUUUGGUAGAUAGGAGUAUGAUCAAAUAUUUAUAAUGAAAUAUCAUAUUCGACCUCAUGUUAUUUUUUUAGAAUAAGAUAAAUCACCUCUUAAGUAAAAUACGGUCACAUCAAAUCGUGGAUAACAAGAUCUUUGAAGAAGUCAAAAUUAAACUCCUUACGAUCAUACUCGAAGAUUCUCAUACCGAAUAUGUUAUUCCUGGUUAACAUAUUCCAACAUUCAAACAUGGCUCAUUUAUUAUUGUAUAUCUACUUUAAUUUUUUGUGUCCGUUCAUUUUUUUAUCUAUCCAAUUCCUUGUAUUAAUGCGAUUAUUAUCUGUUUUUUUUUUGCCUAUCAACUUGGGAUAAUUUCGUGUUGAAUAAAUUGGUCAUUUUCUAUCAUUUGAAU